CGUGCCAGAAUGGCUGCGAGCAUUCUGUCCCACGUUGUCUCCGACCUCUGCAUCGGCAAGCCGGCGGUGCGUGUGCUGCCACCGUCGACUCCCAUCGCGGCGGCCCUCGCCACGCUCCGCGCCGGCGCCGACCCGUUCGUCUUCGUGGACGCUGCACCCCCGGACGCGAAGAAGGCGGCCGCGUUGUCCGUCGUCAAGGUCAGCGUCGCGGAGAUCCUGUGCUACGUCUGCGGCGACGGCGGCAACCUCGGCGACCCCGCGGCCGCGCUCCGCCGGCCCGUGUCCGUGCUCACCGCCGUGGUUGGCGAUCACGGCGUCACCCGCCGAGUGAAUCCACAGACGAGCCUGCUCGACGCCAUCGACGCGCUGCUGGCCAACAACUCGCACAGUCUGCUCGUCCCGCUCCACGCCCGGGCCCGAAAGAAGCACCACCACGCCUCCGCCGGCUACUGCGUGCUGACGCAGCAAGACAUCGUCCGGCACCUCUUCGGCUCCAUCUCCCUCUUCGCCCCGGUCGCCGCGCUCUCCGUGGCCUCCCUCGGCCUCGUGCGCCGGGACGACGCGCACGCCGUCCACGUCGACGACGACGCGCUCGACGCCAUCCCUCUCCUGCAGAGGUCCAUCGGGCACGGCACCGCCGUGGCCGUCGUGGCGGACGACGACGCGCUCGUCGGAGAGAUCUGCCCGGGCGUGCUCGGCUCCUGCGACGACGUCGAGUCCGUGUCCGCCGCCUUCGCCGCGCUCUCGGCCGGCGACGCCAUGACGUACAUCGACUGCUACUUCUCGCCGCCCGAGUUCCUGCUCCGCUCCAUCAGAGCCGAGCUCACGGACAAGGGGCUUCAUGCCAUGUGCGACCUCAUGGAUGCCGCCUACACGACGGACGUUGCAGCUCUGUCGUCGUCGUCAACGUCAUCUGACGAGGAGUGUUUGCCGUUGGCGCCUGCGAGACGCGCGAGGAAGAUGUCGUCGGGAAGCUUCCGGUGGCGGUCGACGGAGGACGUGGCGGCGUGUCAUGCUGGGAGUUCGCUGGUCGCCGUCAUGGCCCAAGCGCUCGCGCACCGAGUCGGGCAUGUUUGGGUCGUCGAUGAGCUCACCGGCGCUCUAGUCGGAGUCGUCAGCUGCGCCGAUGUGCUUGCUGUGCUCCGGGACCAUCUCCGUCCAGAGUGCUAUGCAGAUGAUUUGUGAUCGAUCACUAUAGCCUGCAGAUACGUAAGCAUAGCUAGAGCUCGGCGAUUUCCCGUCAUGCCGCCCUGCUACGAGUCUACGACUGUUGGAGACCUGCUGCUGUUUUCUGUAAAGGAUCGGCCCAGCUUUUUUUUAGAACAUGUUGGUUCCGGUUUUUAUUUUAUUUUUAAGGGGUAACCAAGUUUUAUAUUCGUCGUAAGCCAGAAAUACAUCUCGGGUCAUGGGGUUGACCAAGCCACACAUGACGCCCCUGACCUAAAGAA